GAGACCGGUAUUUAGUGGUGUGAUACCUUGGUAAAAUACACACGCAAUAACGAAACACAGAGACACCGUAUGUGCCUUUUUCCGACAUUGCCCAAAGAAGGAGAGACUACACAUUAAUAUCAAAAUGCCUACUGAAGCUGUUGAGAAGCCUCUGGUAGAGGAUGCCAAGGAUAACGACUCUGGUUCAGGCACUGAGUCUGAUAGUGAUGGUUCCAUGCCAGAUCUAGAAGAUCAAGAUGUAGCUCAACAAAGUCGGGUUGCUGAAGCAGCUGGUUUACCAGAAGAACUUGUCAGCAAAGCUAAACAAAGUAGGAGUGAAAAGAAGGCCAGAAAAGCAAUGUCAAAGCUUGGUUUGAAACAAGUUACUGGAGUGACCAGAGUGACUAUCAGGAAAUCCAAGAAUAUCUUAUUUGUGAUUGGACAUCCAGAUGUUUACAAGAGCCCAGCAUCUGACACAUACAUUGUUUUUGGUGAAGCUAAGAUUGAAGAUCUGAGUCAGCAAGCACAGAUGGCAGCUGCUAAAGAUUUCCAGAGACAAGAUCACCCAGCUGGUCUUGGAGAUCUGCCAAGUACAGUAUCACAGCCAAUACAAGAGGAAUCUGAGGAAGAAGAUGAGAUUGAUGAUUCUGGCGUGGAGCCAAAGGACAUUGAGCUCGUCAUGUCACAAGCUAAUGUUUCUCGGAACAAAGCUGUUAAAGCUCUCAAAAAUAACGGAAAUGAUAUCGUUAACGCUAUAAUGGAGUUAACGAUGUAACAUAGAACUUCCCUGUAUGUGUGCGUGUGUCCGUGUAUGUUCCUUCUUGAUUGUCAUUUGUACUGUUGCCAUUAUGAGCAAAAAGAAAAUAAACUCCUAUUUAAAUCAA